GGCUCCAUUCCCCCCGUCCUCCUCAGCUCCAUGACCACAGAGGGCGUCUGCGAGAGGGUGCACCUGAUCGAGGGCAUCGACCAAAGCAUGAUGGGAAACUACAGCGCCACCAUCAGGAAGGCAAACGUGAACGGCCGUGUGCUGACGCAGUGUAACAUCGACGAGCUGAAGAAGGAGAUGAAUAUGAAUUUCGGAGACUGGCAGCUGUUCCGAGCCUCGGUGCUGGAGAUGCGCUCCAUGGAGAACCAGCUGCUGCAGGAGGAAGCUGCCAGUGAGCAAGGCAGCACUCAGGCUCCGCCCCCAGAUGCCUCCAUCUUCAGCUUCAACCUCAGCUUCGAGGAUCUGAGCAGCGACGAGCCUCCGAGGGCCGGAAACACACCGUGGACGGCGGCGCUCCGUACAGCCAGCCUCACCUCUCUGAACUCUCAGGAGUCUUCCUCUCUGGACGUGUCCCGCCUGACGGAUCGUCAGCAGGACGAGUACCGCUCCGCCUAUGAGGAGUACGUGUCUCAGAUGGCCCAGACGGAGCUGAGCGGCGCGGAGCGUCCCGUGCAGCCGCAGCCGGUUCAAUUCCUGUCCUCCUCCGAGAGCAGGGAGGAUACAGAGGGACGCAGAGCCACGUUCGGGAAGAGGACCGGAGCCGGAAAACACACGACAACAACCACCGAUAAUAACAACCCAGACCUGGACCCCAUCAGGGAGGAAGACGAGAAGAACAGCGAACACACAGCGGGGGCGAGGGGGCGGAGCUACAAGAAGAUCGAAGAAGACGAGGAGUUGAAGAAGAUCACGGCGAUGAAGGGGAAGGACUUCCUGUCCGACGCCACGCUGGACAAAAAGGAUUCGUCUGAUUCUGGCGUCCGCUCCAACGAGAGCUCGCCCAAUCACUCGCUGCAGGACGAGGAGGCGGAGCUAGAGGAAGACAGGAAGCGCGGUGGCGUUCCCGGUGUCCUGGGCGGCGUUCCCGGCGUUCUUCAAGACGUCCGGAUGUCCAUCUGCUCUGAGGACUGCAGCCUGAUGGCCUCCAGCCCCGAGGACAGCUGGUCCUUCAACCUGAACUCCGUCUCGCUCAACAACAACUCCAACUCUAGGCCCCGCCCCCUCACCACCACUGAUCCCGCCCCCCCCUCCUCCUCCACUGACGUCAUCCUCUCCCCAAGCUCCGCCCCCCGCCCCGCUCCCACCAAUGAGAACGUGCGGGUGGUUCACCUGCGGCGGGGGCUGAGGCCCGGCGACCCCCCCGAGGUCUGCAGCGUGUCGUCGGACACUGUGACCUUCGGAGACGAGAGAGAGAGCAUCCUGUGAUGUCAUCCAGCCUCUCAGCCAAUCAGGAGCCUCCGGGGGAUAAAAGUCAGCCAAUCAGGAGCCUCCGGGGGGGACAAGUCAGCCAAUCAGGAGCCUCCGGGGGGGACAAGUCAGCCAAUGAGGGACAUUAAGAAAUAAAUUAGAGAUUAAAGACAAACAUUAGGAGAAGAAAAGUUAGAAGAAAUCUGAAAAACACAAAUUGGGUUUUGUUCAAAUCUAUAAAGUUAAACAAUAAAACUAGAAACGUUUAGGAGGUCAAUGAUUCUCUUUAAAGAUUAAAGUCCUGAACUUUAAAUAACCAAAUAAUGCAAAAAAUAUUUAAGAGACAGAACAUUUUAAAUAUUCAGAAAAUAUUUUGAUCAAAAUCACAAAAUAUACAGAAUAAAAGUAAAAUCUUCAGGAUUAAAAACAUUCAUGAACUCAAAAGAACUCAAAGGAAAUGAAAAGAAGAUAAUUGAUUUAAAAAUAGAACAUUUUAUUAAAAGAGAAUGAUGGAAAUAUUCUCUGAGAUUAAAGUUGUGAUGUUUUUCAGAAUAAAGCUCUGAUAAUAAAUCAGUAAAUUAUCCUUUGAGCUUCUGAUGAAGAGUUUUAAUAUUUAAAGUAAACAGAAUUCAGCGUAAAAUGUAAGAAAUGUAAGAAGAAAACGUAAUGUAAGAACUUGUCGUGGUUCCUGAAUGUCGAUGUUUAAUCUCUUAAAAAACAAACUAAAGUAAAUCUAAAAACGUUUGUCGUUUUUUAAAUCUGUGAAAAAAAUAACUGUUAUUACAUUUUCUUCAUAUGUUUAAAACUGAAAAUAAUAUUUAUUGAAAUUAGAAAAAAAAUAAAAAAUAUUCCCAGGUAACAUAUUCAUGAGACAUUCCCACUCGUGUCUCAGAAUUCCCAUUUAAAUCUCAGAAUUCCCACUUUAAUCUCAGAAUUCCCACCUUAAUCUCAGAAUUCCCACUUAAAUCUCAUAAUUCCCAUUUAAAUCUCAGAAUACCCACCUUAAUCUCAGAAUUCCCACUUUAAUCUCAGAAUUCCUAUUUAAAUCUCAGAAUUCCCAUUUAAAUCUCAGAAUUCCCACUUUAAUCUCAGAAUUCCUAUUUAAAUCUCAGAAUUCCCACUUAAAUAUCAGAAUUCCCACUUAAAUCUCAGAAUUCCCACCUUAAUCUCAGAAUUCCCACUUAAAUCUCAUAAUUCCCAUUUAAAUCUCAGAAUACCCACCUUAAUCUCAGAAUUCCCACUUUAAUCUCAGAAUUCCUAUUUAAAUCUCAGAAUUCCCACUUUAAUCUCAGAAUUCCCACCUUAAUCUCAGAAUUCCCACUUAAAUCUCAUAAUUCCCAUUUAAAUCUCAGAAUACCCACCUUAAUCUCAGAAUUCCCACUUUAAUCUCAGAAUUCCUAUUUAAAUCUCAGAAUUCCCACUUAAAUCUCAGAAUUUCCACUUUAAUCUCAGAAUUCCCACCUUAAUCUCAGAAUUCCCACCUUAAUCUCAAAAUUCCCACCUUAAUCUUAGAAUUCCCAUUUAAAUCUCAGAAUUUCCACUUUAAUCUCAGAAUUCCCACCUUAAUCUCAGAAUUCCCACCUUAAUCUUAGAAUUCCCAUUUAAAUCUCAGAAUUUCCACUUUAAUCUCAGAAUUCCCACCUUAAUCUCAGAAUUCCCACUUUAAUAUUAGAAUUCCCACUUAAAUCUCAGAAUUUCCAUUUUAAUCUCAGAAUUCCCACCUUAAUCUCAGAAUUCCCACUUUAAUCUCAGAAUUCCCACUUAAAUCUCAGAAUUCCCACCUUAAUCUCAGAAUUUCUAGUGUUUAGUGUUAAGUGUUAAGUGGUUAGGGUUUAGUGGUUAGUGUUUAGGCUUUAGUGGUUAGUGUUUAGGCUUUAGUGGUUAGUGUUUAGGCUUUAGUGUUUAAGUGUCGUGUUUUAAUCGGGGAGCUUUUAUUCUGAAAUUUGACUUAAAUCCUCGUUAAAAGUAAAAAGUCGACUGAAACUCAGAAGACCUCUUUAUUGAAAUUACAUCAAACAUUUAAUUGAAGUUUUAAGGAAAUUGAGAGAAAACAUUACAUUAUAGAGGAGAUGUUUCCAAAGUGCUGAACAUCAACAAACAAACGUAGAGGGGAGGAAUUUCAGAAUAAAGCGUCUGAUGAAAGUGAAACAACGUGAAGAAACAGAAACGAUGAGUUAAACUGCAUGCUCUGAUGUUUAUCCUGAAAUAAAAUAAUUACAUCUGGA